AUGAAAAGAAUAUUUCUGAUAUUCUGGACUUUGUUUUUGGGGGUCAAUUCGAUUGCCAAAUUUCAAGUGGCCACAGUUACUGACAGUUCUUUAGUGAUAAAAAUGGUGGAGGCUGCAAAUGUGACAAGUUUUGAUAUCACUGUUAAUAUUUUUGAUUUGGCGAAACAGAAUUUAUUCCGGAAGACGCAGUUGGAACAUGUAACUAAUGAUCAGGUAAAUGGGAAUUUUUUGGAAGAGGGUGUUUUAUAUUAUGACUGAAACAACCUGGAAGGGUCUAUACCGAAAAACCUCAUUCCAGUUGCUUCAUCUUAAAAAUCCUAACCCCAAAAAUCCUGACUCAUAAAAAGAUCUCUCAUUUUUUGAACAUUUUUUUCCUCCAAAGUACAUAUUAUUUCACACACGCCUAAUUUAUUCAAUAUAAUUUUGAAGUGCUCCAAACUCUAGAUAUAUUACGAAAAAAACGCGUUUUCCUCAUCAUCAAAAUCGAGACAAACUGAAUGAACAAAAAUAGAAAUCAGAUUAAAAUCAAGCCCAACAAAAAGUCAUUUCUUAAUUGUCGCUAAUUUUUUGUUGGAAACAUUUGCGCACAUGUUUUAUUUGUGUUAGGACUAAAGUGUUCGAUUUCAUUUCCCAAACAUUAUUUGUUCCAUCUCCUCUUUCCCCUUUUUUCGUGGUCCCUUUUAACACAUUUUGUCUUCCGGAAUUUACAUUUCAUGGGGACCUUUUUUGGAAAAAAUGGGAAAAGAGGUGGUGAACUACGGCUUCUAGCUCUAUUCAAGGUUGAUGUCUGCCUAACACUAGGUUCCUUCUUUGAGUAAAAAGCGGCAUUUACAAACACAUACAACAAAACAAAAAAAUGUAAUUAUGAAACACACGUGUCAAUUGGCGGAUUAGUAUGCAUAUUUAAAUAUUUAGUCAAGUGGCAUAAGGAACAUAUAAUUGUUUUUCGGACCACACAAUAAGAACAUAUGUAUUUUACAGCUACUUGCCUUUGAUGGAUUAAAACCCGAUACAUGGUUUGCGAUUCGAAUUGAAUAUCGAUUGAAUUUUAUGGAUAACAGUGAGAUUACCAAGCAGGUGGGGUUUAGUAGAAAAUAAAACAAUUACAUUUUAAAAAUUUUCUGGAAAGUCUGAUUUUUUCAGGAAAUGGUAAUAAAAACCAAAAAAUCCACCCGAGAAGAUCCAAAAAAUAUCGAACAAAUGGUCGCACACAUCGAUGAUUUAUUUGUGUCGAAAGAUAGUAUUUAUAUUGGAGUUGCUUCGGUUUUCAAAGAAAUUAAAAAGGUUCGAGUUUCAUUUCGAAUAAAUAUGAAUUAAUUAAUAUUUCAAUUUCAAUUUCAUUUCUCCUGCUCAAGAGGAAGGAGAGAAAAGACAUUAUUACAUUUUCAAACAUAAAUGUAUUUUUUUAGAUAUCUACUGUUAUUGUUCCUGAACUUCGUUGUGAAAAUCGAAUUCUGAAUCCGGUUUCUCAACAAAUUAUUCAACAUGUUUCUUUUCACUUCGAUUUAUCGAAAUUGCCAAAAGACGAGAGGAAGUGUAAUAUGGUAAAUGUUUUAAAGUUAUGUUAACUAAUUCAUUAAUUUUUUUUUCAGAUUUGUAUGUUUCCUUAUCUUCGAGUUUUGAUAAUUGAUAACGGAGUUACGGAAACUUUUCGAGCUCAAGAAUGGUGUGGAAGUGUGGAAGAAGCUCGACAUCUUCUAAUAAAAUCAUCAAAUUUACAAUUUUCAAGUUUAAUAAUUUCAAUUUUAUUAUCAUUAUCAAUUCUAGUCUAG